GGUGUGUUCAAAUGUUCGGCAGCGCAGCAUUACAAGAGCUAUUGUAGCUAACUAACAACUAACUAGCCCGCUGAAUCCAGACUAAAGAAAGGCACAGAGACAGUGCAACUCAAACCACUUCCUGCUUUUGGAGUAACUAAAGCUAAUUCAUGUCCUGAUCUCCUCCAGAAGCUAUGGUGGCUAACGUUAACAAACAACUCUCUUGUUACUGAAGCUGCUGGCUACCUAGCAUCCCGAAGACCACAGGGGAGCACAACGAGAAGACAUUUCUCUUCCAGAGCUACUGGAGCUAUGGUGGCUAACCAGGCAGAGGUCGUGUAAUACUGGAGGUAUGGUGGCUAACUAACUAGAGCUUGUGUAAUACUGAAGCUAUGGUGGCUAACUAACUAGAGCUAGUGUAAUACUGAAGGUAUGGUGGCUAACUGACUAGCCGUCGCACUCAAGAGAAACUCAAGGAGGUGAACCGGGAUCUAUUCAGCCGGGAUAUCGGAGUCUCCCUGAGGAAUGACGGUGCUACAAGAACCCGUCCAGGCUGCGGUGUGGCAGGCCCUGAACCACUAUGCUUACAUGGACGCGGUGUUCCUGGCUGAGCGGCUCUACGCUGAAGUGGGCUCGGAGGAGGCCCUGUAUCUGCUGGCCACCUGUUAUUUCCGCUCGGGGAAAGCUUACAAGGCCUACCGCCUGUUGAAGACUCACACCUGUUCUACACCGCAGUGCCGAUACCUGCUGGCCAAGUGCUGCGUGGACCUCAGCAAACUAGCAGAAGGAGAGCAGGUCCUCACAGGAGGCGUUUUAAAUAAACAGAAGAGUCAAGAUGACAUCAUCACAGAGUUCGGAGAUUCCGCCUCUUUCACCCUCUCAUUGCUGGGACACAUAUACUGUAAGACGGAUCGCGUCGCCAAAGGAUCUGAAUGUUUUCAAAAGAGUUUAAACCUCAACCCGUUCCUCUGGUCUCCAUUCCAGAGUCUCUGUCAUCUAGGGGAGAAGCUGGAUCCAGAUCAGGUCUUCAGGCUGUCCUCUCUGCACAUCCCUGUGGCCCCACCUCCUCCAAUAAGCCCCGCCCAGAACCCCUCCCAUCGCCUAGACACCGCCCUGAUGGAGACGCCACAGGACACUCUGGAGUUGAACCGGUUGAAUCUAGAAUCAUCCAACGGGAAGUUGACCUCGGACUCCACGGUUUCGUACAUCGACUCCUCGCUCAUCUCCCCUGAUCCCUGCUCCUUAUUGGCUAAUACCGUUUCAAUGGGAUCAACUGGUUCUCUAUUGGGCAAGCCGAACAAACCUAAGAGUGGGCGGAGCUUAUUGGGAGGACCGGCAGCCCUCAGUCCACUUACCCCCAGCUUUGGAAUCCUGGCCCUGGACCCGAGCCCCGGGGAUCCCGGGUACCUCCAGAACUACUCCGGUUCUCUGGAUGCCCAGCAGACCGCGCCCAGCAAGAAGUCUGUGUCGAGGAUCGGUCCGUCCAAGUCGGUCUUCGGCCAGAGUGGAAACGGAAGAGAGGUUCUCCCAAUCCCCUUCAGCCAAUCACAGGGCUCCGCUCCGCACAGCAGCACCAGCCCCCAGGUUCUGAGUCCCACUCUGGUCGCUCCGCCAAACAUCCAACCCAGACGCUCUACACGACUGUUCACAAGUGCUAGCUCUACUGCCAAGGAGAACAGUAAGAAGCUCAAGAUGAAGUUUCCAACCAAGAUCCCCAACAGGAAGACGAAAUGUAAAGCGGCCAAGACGGCCAACAGCAACCUGAACGAGAGCCUGGACAUCCUGAAGCUGGACUCCUCCAUGAACGACAGCAAGGGCCUGUCCACACCCGGAUACCAGAGCAUCACCCUGCAGAGAGCUGCUACAGACAUGGUUCUGUACAUGCUGCGGGAGCUGGGCCGAGGCUACCAGGCCCUGUGCUGCUAUAACUGCCAGGAGGCGAUCAGCAUCCUGUCGUCGGUCCCCGCUCACCACUACAACACGGGCUGGGUGCUCACCCACAUCGGGAGGGCCUACUUCGAACUGGCCGAGUACACACAGGCGGAGCGUGUCUUCAGUGAGGUUCGUCGCAUCGAGGCGUAUCGGGUGGAGGGGAUGGAGAUCUACUCCACCACCCUGUGGCAUCUCCAGAAGGACGUAGCGCUGUCCGCCCUGUCCAAAGACCUGACCGACAUGGACCGUCUCUGUCCCCAGGCCUGGUGCGUAGCGGGGAACUGCUUCAGCCUCCAGCAGGAGCACGACAUCGCCAUCAAGUUCUUCCAGCGUGCCAUCCAGGUUGAUCCAGGAUUUGCCUACGCCUACACGCUGCUGGGUCACGAGUUUGCGCUGACUGAAGAGCUGGACCGCGCCCUCGCCUGCUUCAGGAACGCCAUCAGAGUCAACAACAGACACUACAAUGCCUGGUACGGACUUGGGAUGAUUUACUACAAGCAGGAGAAGUUCAGUCUGGCUGAGAUCCACUUCAAGAAGGCCUUGAGCAUCAACCCCCAGAGCUCAGUGAUGCUCUGUCACAUCGGGGUGGUCCAGCAUGCGCUGAAGAAGUCGGACAGCGCCCUGGAGACGCUGAACAGAGCCAUCGGCAUCGACCCCAAAAACCCGCUCUGCAAGUUCCACCGCGCCUCUAUACUCUUCGCCAACGACAAGUACAAGGCGGCGUUACAGGAGCUGGAAGAAUUAAAGCAGAUCGUCCCUAAAGAGUCUCUAGUCUAUUUCCUCAUAGGAAAGGUCUAUAAGAAGUUGGGUCAGACCCAUCUGGCUCUGAUGAACUUCAGCUGGGCGAUGGACCUGGACCCCAAAGGAGCCAACAACCAGAUCAAAGAAGCCAUCGACAAGCGCUACCUACCAGAGGACGAGGAGCCCGUCACUGAAGACUUUUUAUACGACUCUGCAGACGUGGAAGAGAGCAGUAUGACGGAUGCAGACGACAGCCAAUUACACACGGCGGAGAGUGAUGAUGUCCUCUAGCCCCGCCCCCAAGCCCUCUAGCCCCGCCCACAAGCCCUCUCAACCACUGCAGUAGCUUAACUUCCUGUCUGUUGCCUGGAAACGGAUAAGUCAACAUUCUAACAGGAAGUAGCUGGGCCUACAGUAUGAUGUCAUCAGUCCUGAAUCAUUUGACCUGCGUUUGACCCCAACCUCUGAACUCCUCCUGCGAUGUGAUUGGCUGAACCAGAAGGACAGACUGCUGCUAUUCCUGUUUCAUCCUUUAGCUCCGCCUCUUUCUCUGCUGUCUGUCGACUUCUUUUAUAUUUUCUUUUUAUCAUUUAAAUAAAAACCAGUGAUGUGAU